GCUACACUGAACCAUACAGUUGCUAGUCCCCGCUGCCCAUUCUUCCGGUAUCGUUCUUUCAGGCAAGCGAAAUGGCUGAUCAGAGCGAACGUGCGUUUCAAAAACAACCUACGAUCUUUCUUAAUCGUAAGAAAGGUCUAGGCCCGAAGCGCAGGAAGCCUAUGAGAUAUAGCCGUAAUGUUGGGCUUGGUUUCAAGACACCUCGUGAAGCUCUUGAAGGAACUUAUAUUGACAAAAAAUGUCCAUUUACUGGCAAUGUAUCGAUUAGAGGGCGCAUCCUCACUGGCGUUGUACAGAAGAUGAAAAUGCAACGUACCAUUGUUAUACGCAGGGAUUAUCUACAUUAUAUUAGAAAAUACAACCGUUUUGAGAAGCGUCAUCGUAACAUGAGUGUCCAUCUCAGUCCUUGCUUCAGAGAUGUAGAAAUUGGUGAUGUAGUCACCAUUGGAGAAUGCAGACCUUUGAGCAAGACAGUAAGAUUUAAUGUAUUGAAAGUUUCGAAGGGAACAGGAUCAAAGAAGAGUUUCAAGAAAUUCUAAAUAUCCAUCUAUUUGAUAGUUUUGUAAUUAUUUAAUAUCUAUUUGUGUAAUAUUAGUGCUAUUAUUACAAAUAUAAUU